CAGCGAAAUGGUCAAUCUUACCGAAACAGCUGAGGCAUACCUCAACGCAACCGUUAAAAGGGGCUGGAAAUCCUGGGGGCUUGAUGGAAAUUACCAGUACUGGACGGGCCACCACUACAGCGAGAAUGAGCAUCCAAUUCUAGGAACAGUAAACGAGUAUUACCAAGACAGUGACUGCGAACGCCCUGAACCACUUCAAAAUAGACUUUGCAGGGAAAGAUUUACAUGGAUAUUUAAAGAUGGCAUAUGGAGUCCUUUUCAACUCUUAGUUAACGUUACUGUUACGCACGUUGAAGGGGAGUCUGAAACUUUUGAGUUGGACCUGAACAAUGCAACGUCGAUCACGAGACCGCAGCGGCUGGGGUUAAAUGUCAUGAGAGUGAUGUACACCCGACGACAGGCAUGUCACUUCCACGCUUUGGUUAGCUUCAACGGAUCGUUUGCCUAUAAAAUCAAGGAGAGAAGAGGAGAUAUGCCUGAUUAUUACGCUGUAGGCAUCGGCUACCUAGGCAGCUGGAAGAGAGGACUGGUUGCCGAGGAUAUAGAUGUAUUAAAGUAUAAUAUGUCUGGCACACUUAAGCACCUGAUAGUAUGCACUAAUCAAAAGAAAAGAAAAAGCAAGGCUACUAAAAAAACAGUAAAGAGCAAUGUAACCAGCACUUAAAAAAUAAAGAUAUCACUUGUGAUAUCAGUAUUAUAUUAUGUCA